CUUAGGGCGAGAGGAAAAUCGAACGAAGUAGCGGAGGUGUUGUAAAAGUUAUAGCAAGUUGUUUUUUUUUCGAUAUUUAUUUUCUUUGGGCGAUUAAGUGUGAAAGGAAAAGUGUAGUGCAAAAGCUGCGGUUGUGGAGGCGAUCGCUUAAGGUCCUUGGUGCCACGUGGAAAACGCCCCCAAACGUUUCGCACGCUCGAGCGAUCAACAAGGGUGUGUUUUGUUUGUUUGGAAAACUAUUUUCAGCGGUUAGUUUAGUGCAAAGAAGAAGAAGAACAAAAGCGCCACAGUCCACCUCGCAGCGGUGGGCCUUUGAGCCUCGCCGCAGGCAGUUCCUAAGAAGUUGCCCUCGCAUCGGAAAAGGGAACGGGCACCGUAGCAGAGUUCGCCGUAGGAAAAAGCGCCAAACUGUUGUUCUGCGGUUGUUAUAUUUUCGAACGGGGUGCCAACGAUAGCAGUACGGAAGGUCUCAGGAGUGCCCUAGCCCGUCUUCGCAGAUCGGGCCCACUCCCUAACCCUUCCAGUCCUGAAAAUACUGAAAGUGUCGAACGUGCGUCUUCUUCCCGAUGUUACCAGCAGCGAGGAGGAGAUUACUCCAGAUCACCGGCUCCACCACCAGCACCCCCUUCCACGCCACGCAAAACCAAAGUGCCACACCACAGUGCAAUGACAGUGUCCGUUACGCAGCCCCAGCAACCGAUGGACAUCGCGUCGUCGUGCAGCAGUCCGAGUCCGGUCGGUAAGGUUUCGCCUCUGGCCAUCACGGCAGCGGCCACCAUCGCCGGAAGCAGUGGCAGUACUUUCACCACCAGUGCAACGGUACACAACAGCGCCGGAACAUGUCCGUCCAGCCCGUCGGCCAACUCGAGCGGCUCGUCCGAAACGGAAGGCGCCGUUAGCACUCCCCCGUCAUCCUCAUCAUCGGCGUCGACGCACACCAACCCGAGUACGGCCUUGCGGAGGUUCUAUUUCCAGAAAGCCCGCAUCAGUAAAUCGCCCAAAUCGGCUUCGAUUGCUGGCACCGGUGCACCAUCGGUCACGAAUCCGGUUGGCCAUUCCGGUGCGGUGGUCUCGUCCUCAUCGUCCGCCGUACCAAAAGUGGUGGUCAUGGGUUCGUCGACGACGUCCGAAGUGACGAUCAAUACGUCCACGGAUUCGGCUUCGACGCAUGUGACGAACGUUACCACAACGACCGACACCGAGACUAACGAUUCGAUUGAUAUGGGUGAGACUUCGGGCCAAAGUGAACCUCUGCUCAGCUCGCUGGAUGACGAAAGCUCUAGCAUUGUGAUGAACCAAAGCUUCGACGACGGUGAAGACGAGAAUAUUACCGUAAUCAAUGGACCAGAUACGCCUCUGCUAAUAAGUUAUCAGGAACUGGAGGACCUCUCGCCGAAAACCUCCCCCAAACCCCGCACUGCCCCAGUUGCCUCGUCAACCCGUUUCCCAUUCGACCCACCCAACACACCGAAAAGUGUCCGCGUGCCAUCAUCAUCAUCGAAAACCUCCACCCACGAACCGAUGUUCAAUUUUGACGAUUCGCCCAACCCGAUCCGCCGAUUGCCGACGAAAGUUUCGCCUUCCGACUACCCGCGGGAACGAUCACCCGGUAGGGAUGGAAAUAAGGAGAACCGUCCCAAAAUGGUGGAAAUGACAGUCACUCCGAGCAAACGGAUCAGCCCAUACAAGUCCCGCAAGGAUCGGUACAUGCAACAGCAACAACAUCAACAUCAACACCAAAGUGGAAAAGCUCUGAAUUCGGCGCCGGUUGUAAGUGGAAACAAAGCGCAGAACCACAGCGAUCCUAACAUGACAAUGUUUCCGUUCGACCGCGAAGCCAUCGACUACGACCGAAUCCAGCGCGAAUGCUUCGCCGUCGAGGAAGAGUAUCCUUACGAUCACGAUCGCGACGACUACUGCGAAUCUCCCUCCAAAGCAAUGAUGGAGUCGGAGAUUUUCAGCGGCCAAUACUCGAUCUUCCAGCAGUAUACCUAUCUGACGCAACAGGAGCGAGAUGUCCUGGAGAAAUCUCCUUCCAAGCGGGGCAAGAAAGAUCGAAUCGAUGCGUUCUCACCGAAGAAGAAAGCCUCACAGGCCAUUUCGCCGCAGCGGCUGUCCAAGUUCGACCAGAUAGCAACCAAGUUCGACAUGAUGCCAUCAAAGUACGACACCUCGUCGAAAGGGCGCACGAAAAUGAGCGGUGGACUGCCGGAUCUUCGGGUGGACUACUUCGCCGAAACGUCCUGCUGUGGCGAUGACGGUCUGCUGACUACGUCGUCUUCUUCGUCCGGCGGAACUCAAUCGUCGUCGUCUGCCUCCGAGGGAAGAACGCAUGCGUCGUCGAGCAGUGGCGGUUCAUCGGGGCAGGUGCGCUCGGUCGAAGUCGUUGGAGCAGGCGCACUGGCCAGCGGCCCUAUAAAUGUUACACCCAACCCGAUGGACAGCGCAGUUUGCACGCAACCGCGGGCGACAAUAGUCGUACAGCAACCGUCACUUAGCCUGGACUACUCGUCGGUGGAGACGAUACUGCUCAAGAAUGAGGGUGACUUCAUCAGCGUCGAGCAGGGCAAGGAGCAGCAAUCGUCAUCGUCGUCGCGUAAGAAAAACAGACAACAACUUCAGCGGGAACAGCAGCAACGGGACGAAAACAUGCGACAGCUACUGGAUGUGACCAACUCGCUGACCACCGAGGAGAUCAAAGACUUCGAGAUGCGAUACGGAAGCCCUCAUCACAGUCGGUCACAAUCGGUCAAAACGCCCGGCAGCCGAGCAUCAGGUCGUCCCAAUCAGCUGUGUCUGCCUCAGCAGCGGUCAAGGGUGGCCUCUAUGCCCAAUACUGGUGUCGAGGAGGAAUAUUAUCGCCUCAGGCAUUUUUCCAUCACUGGCAAGGGUGUAGUCAACCGAGGAGAUUCACUGAAGAGUCGUCGGAGUAAAUCAAACACCAGUGUCGGUAGUUCCAAUUCCAGUACCGAGCACCUGACAGCCGUCGGUGCCGGUUCCGCUCGGACGUCUGCCACGUGCAGUCUGGCAUCCAGCAGAGAAAGCAGUACCUCCAACCCGGCGGCCGGCCCAUACAAAGUUCUAAUGCUUGGCGGAGCUGCCGUCGGAAAAAGCUCAUUAGUGUCACAGUUUAUGACGUCCGAGUACCUGCAUGCGUACGAUACCAGCAUAGACUAUGAGGAACAGUGCGAGGUUGCGAUUCAUCUGCAGGCUCCGGAAGAUGAUGAUGAUUCCGGAGAGAAAACGGUAUCCGUUUUGCUCAGCGGUGAAGAAUCCGAGUUAACAUUCAUCGAUCAUAGCUACAUGGAAAUGUCGCCUGAAAACUGCAUGUCCUCAUACGAUCCACACGGGUACUGCGUCAUCUACUCGUCGGCCGAUCGCACCAGCUUCCAAAUUGCCGAACAGAUCCUCCAGGUGCUGUGGACAACGGAGAACAUUGCUCAGAAAGCUGUGAUCCUGGUGGCGAACAAGGCCGAUCUCGCGCGAAGUCGCAUGGUCACUUCCGAUGAGGGUAAACAAAUGGCAACGCAGUAUGAUUGCAAAUUUAUCGAAACUUCCGUCGGGAUCAACCACAACGUGGACGAGUUGCUGGUAGGUCUGCUGUCGCAGAUUCGCCUAAAACUAGAAAAUCCGGAGAAAUCACGCGAUCUCUUCCGGAAACGUUCCAUUCGCAAGUCCAAACGACGUGCCUGCUCGCCGCUGGGGGGUGCCAUCUGCCUCUCCGGACUGGGCGGAGGGACCAAUCCGAGCACGCCCGUGUCCGGGACACCGGUCGCCGGUGGAGGCUUCGCGGAAACACCUCCCGGCAGUGCCCAAAGCAGUCCACGAAAGUACCGUGGCUCCCGCACUUCCGCCAGUCUGAAGGUGAAGGGACUGCUCGGUCGGGUGUGGGCUCGGGAUUCCAAAUCAAAGAGCUGUGAAAAUCUCCAUGUUUUGUAAGUUGGGGUGCAUUGGAAGCAUGCGAGAGAUAGUUCCAUCGUGUCAUCCUAUCGUAAAAGUACUAUAAUAUAUACCUAAAGUACGGCACGGUACCAUAUAUCUGAAUUUGUAGAUGAUUCAGAGUUUACCGAAAACGACGUUUUACUACAUUUUAUCGCUAAGAAGUUAUGAAUCAAAAGCCAGUCCUCGGAAAUCGAAUAGAUAUUUAUUUUUUAAGAAACUAAGUGGCACAAAAAAAUUAAAUUUAAAAAAAUCGGUUUCCUCAAUCAGACACAAAAUAGGAACUAAGUUGCAAUAUUUUGUAUAAACUGUGUAAAACACUCGAUGUGUGGUUCGAUGUUCGCAGCCAUUCUGUAUUGUGGUAUUAACUAAAAUUAGGAUAAACUCUGCGUACAAGUAAAAGCUGAUCGAGUUUAGUCCUAUUUGCUAUACUCUAUAUGAUUUACAAUCCCUCUUUUGUAUUCCCUAGUUUUGCAAUUUCCUUAAUAGUUUAAAUUUAGUAUUUAGCGUACUUAAUCAUAUUACUGUAAACCAGCAUUUAAUUUGUACCAAUUCUCGACCUUUCCAUUUAUCAUGCUCUGGUUCUUUGGCUUUGGACCGUGACCAAUCAAUGAUUUUCAUACAAAUA